AUAUGGCGCUCCUGCUAUGAUGAGUUCUAUGAGGAAGUCUUCACUGAGAUGGCAGAAAGGUACGGACAGGUUGAAGAGAUGAACGUCUGUGACACCGUAGGAGACCACGCGGUGGGGAAUGUGUAUGCCAAGUUUCGUCGUGAGGAGGAUGCAGAGAAAGCUGUGAUGAACUUGAAUAACCCCUGGCUUAACGGGCAGCCAGUCCAUUCAGAGCUGUCCACAGUGGCUGACUUCAGGGAAGCCUGCCAGUAUGAGAUGGGGGAGUGCGCCCCGACGGGCUUGUGCAACUUCAUGCAUCUGAAGCCAAUCUCAAGAGAGCUCCAAAGGAAGCUGUCUGGGCGCCAGUGCAAGAAGCAUAGUUCCAGGUCCGGAUCCCGGGAAAGCAUUCUCCAUCCAGAGACAUUAGGCAUGGUGGCAGCAGAGGUGGAGGACGAGAGCAUGACAGGAGGCAGUCCAGAUACCUCAAGAGAGAUGGGAGAUUCGGAGCCCACCUGUUUAUACCUUGUGUCUGCUAGACAGCUUUGCUUCCUCUCCCAGCUCCCCAACUUCCUGUCUGCCCCAACACUGCGUGGCAGCUCCAAGUCUGUGGAAGGAGAGAACUGUGGUGAGUGCUCCCUGGAUGGGAACUUCAAGCGGAAGCUGAGUGGGCCUGGCUGA